AGUCACCUCACUUCCACUUCCACUGUCGGUGCUGAGAAAACGGACAGGUGCUUCAUCAGCUUUUCAGAUUGCAAGCCGACCUCGCCAGCUCCAGCGACCAGACAUGUCUUCGUGGGGUGAUGCCAAGAUCUUCUUCUGCAUCCUCUUUAUCACCUGCUGCUGCACAGUGACAGUGGCACAGAUAGUGAUGGACUGCUGCUUGUCAGUCAGAAACCAAACAGUUGACAAAAGAGCAAUUGUGGACCACCAUCAUCAGAUCACUGGACAGGGCUGCUCUCUUGAUGCCAUGAUUUUGGUGACCAGACGUAAGAUUAAAUUGUGCGUGCCUGCUGACGAACCAUGGGUCCUAGACGUAGUGAAGCAUGUGGAAGACAAGAAGAAGCGCUGCAUGAAAACCAAAAAGGCCAGAGGCUGCAAAGACAUGACACGUGUGUAGUAAGAGCAACACGUGAACCCUUCAGCUACAACAACAGAGUGGACCACCGCAAGGCAGGGAGGAGAAGGGGUGGAUCAAAGCAAUGAAUAAAGCAAUUCAAGCAAUUGCAAUUCUUCCUAUCAUAAAUAAUUUUCUAUUUACCAUUCUUUUUAUAAAAUUAUGUU